AUGAAGAAUAGCAUAAGACCAACUCAGAAUCAAAUGUGUAAUACCACAGAGAAAGUCAGUAGUGUUGUCAACAAGCUACGCAAGGACUGUGAAGGUUUGCCAUUGGCAGUAGAGGAGCUAACGUUAAUAGUAGAAAGCUUCCGGAACGUGCCAAAAGAGAACGAGCAGAAGGAGUCGGGCGCAGACGUACAUGGAGCAAGAGGACUCGAUAGCGAGGAAGUUACGACAGAUUCUUCACAGGUGUCGCCUACACUCUGGCAUCGGUUUUCAGCCGUGUGGCACUUAGGUCUUCAGCAAGGCCCGCGAGGCGUGCCCGGACUACCUGCGCAAGGUGGUGGCCUGGCGGGCGACUGCACUCAGCCGGGACUGGGGAUCAGCCCGGCUGACGCCGCCGAGCUCACCAGCAGGGUGUCCGUCGUGUUCCACGUGGCCGCCACGGUGCGCUUCGACGCAGACCUCCGGACUGCCACUGUCACCAACGUUGGCUGCACCUGCGAGGUCGUUGCACUCGCCAAGCGUAUGCCCAACCUCAAGGCUUUCGUCUACAUGUCGACGGCGUAUUCACAUGCUCCCAGAGAUGUAAUCGACGAGAAGUUCUACGCUCCAGCACUGAAGGCUGAGGAGCUGCUCAAACUGAUCAGCGUCAUGAACGACGAACAGCUGGCGCAGAUACUGCCGCUGCUUAUGGGUGACUGGCCCAACACAUAUACCUUCACAAAAUCAAUCGCCGAAGAUGUAAUACGCUCUGAAGCCGUUGGGCUACCCGCCUCGAUCAUCAGGCCCUCCGUAGUGUUGAGCACCUACCAGGAACCACUGGCUCUGUGGGUGGGCAACAUGUAUGGCCCUACUGCCGCAGGGGCCGGAUCGUCUGUGGGACUUCUGCACGCCAUGCAUAUGGAUCGCAGUGCAUUGGUGGAUGGCGUGCCUGCAGACAUGGUGGCCAACGCCACCCUCGCCUGUGCGUGGGACACCUGGUGCAGACACAGCAGUCAAACUCCGACACAGCGGGCAACAGCUGAACCAGUCAUCUACAACUACGUGUCGACGCCACGCCAUCCCAUAUCCUAUGAUCUUUUAUGCCGCUACGCACAGAAAGGCACCGAUUAUCCCAGCAUAAGAAACUUAUGGGUCGCUUACGUCGUACUGCUCAAGGAGAAAUACUUGUACGUUAUCGCCGCUGUCGUCCUCCACCUAAUUCCAGCUAUCAUCGUAGAUUCUUUUCUGUAUCUCAAGGGAAUGAAACCAAUACUGUGGAACAUGUACUCGAAGAUUCAUAUGGUCUCACAAGCUCUGGAGCCAUUCUGGACUAAAGAAUGGACAUUCAAAGAUGACAACGUGGCGUCCCUGCUUGUCCGUCUUGGUGAAGCCGACAGAAAGCUGUUUCACUUUGACAUCGCAGAUUACGACUGGGAGUGGCACCUCGCCAAUACCAUGCGCGGAUUUCGCCUUUACAUCAUGAAUGAGAGCUACGACAACUUGGAGGCGGCCAGGAAAAGAUAUCAUCGCUUACUCGUUUUGCACUACACACUGCUCGCCAUAGGGAGCGCGGUGCUCCUGCUCGUCCUCUGGCGGAUUCUCGCCGCCCACAUAGGACUGUGACUCCAACGCGGCUAUCCGGCUGCACCAGCAACCCAGUGAGAUCCUGCAAGCGUGCCGUUUCUGCAGAGCCCGUGCAUCAUCUCAGCACUGUCGCUUUCCACUAUCAGUUCAUAUAUUUACGUGAUUUGGUGUAAAGCAUUUUUUUAAUUGUUGCAGUUCUUCAUUCUAAUUGUAAAUUACCGUAGCUACAUAAAAGCUUUAUUUGUAUUCUUAUAUUUAUUCUUGUAGUUAUAUUAUUAAGAUUACUUCUAUCACUAUUAAGUCACCAUAAACCCUAACUUUAAUUGCUUAUUGUUUAUUGUUAUGUCCGCUAGACCGUUUCAAAUGUUUUCUACGUAGUUACAUUAAUCAGUCCGUUUGAUGCGAUAUAAGACCUUAUACGUCUUUUCUUGUGAAGAGUGUCAAGUGAA